AUGAGAAGACCAAGAGUAUUGUACAUCUGCCUGGCUUUCUGUAGCCAUCUGCUUCUCAACAGUGCCACACAAUGUUUGGCCUUCCCCACAAUGGAAAGAGGGGAGAUAGCACAUGCUCAUGAAAAAAGAGGGCAGCCUGAGAGGAUAAACACGGAUGACCUAGAAAAUAGCUCCAUUGCUUCCAAGGGCACUCCCCAGCCCGUGGUCUCCGAAGAUCCAAUGAUAGCAUUAGCCGGACCAUCAGCAAUGCCAUUAAAUAGAGUUCCCCCACUUAGCAAAGAGGCCCAUCCUACAGGAGCUGGGCUCAUGCAGCCUAACAGCCCUGGUGUCCACACUGCUACUGAGCCAGGGGUCCCACUAGGGGAAGAAGUGGUUGGUUCCAGCCGGCCAGAGAGAACGUCUCCCGAAAGCCUGCUUCCCAAGGCCAUGGUGAACAGCCCUGUCGUGGCAACUGGUUCUUGGGAUGUGGAUGAGAAGGAGGAACUCUUUAGUAGUACCAACACUGAGCCCACUGUAGAAGGGACUGCCGAAGCAACACAGGGUUUCCUGAAGUCUGUGGACAAUCAGUUGUUUACAACUGAAAGUCAGGGAGGCGCUAGUCUGGGACAUUCACCUUCAUCCUAUGUGAAUACCAGCAGAAUACUAACCACCAAUCCAAGGACUGAGAAAUCUGAAGCAGACACAGAUCAGAGGAUAACUUCUCUUCCUGGUGCAGAGCCCAUAGCAGGCACUGAGCCCGGAAGCCUCAUGUCUGAUAGGGAGAAGCCCUCACAGAUGACAGCUGGUAAUACCCAGGCAACUGCCACCGUGCAUGGGCUUGCAACCCCCGAGUACAGCCCGAGUGUUGAGGCAGAAACUGACAGCCUGCUGGGAGCCCCCAAAGUCCCAGUGAGUGUCAGCACAGCUGUUCCAGCCACCUCUGUCACAGGCGAUGAGUGGGAUGACACCAAAUUAGAGAGUGUGAGCCAGAUAAAGACCCCAAGGCUUGGAGACAACACAAAGACUCCGGUGAGAAUGGAAAUGUCUCCGACAGCCCAAGUAAGCCCUAAUGGGGUGGAAGGCGUGGAAGGGGACGAAGCUCUGACAGAGGCUGCACAGAUGGGUCUGGGGCUGCCUGAAGGGGAACCACACUCGGAGCCAGCUCUGCUAAUGGCACACGGGGAGGGGAGAUCAUCUGCCGUCACGGAUCGAAUUGCCUUCACUCCCACAAGCCCGAUGGAAGACACAGAAGUCUCUGUUGUGAACCUGUUUCUAAACACUGCAGACUCUGUGGAGCCCACCAUGGAAGACGAUGCCAUAUUUUUCUCAGAGACCACUAUUCCCAUCUCAGACUAUAAGUCUGAGGCUUAUCAACCACUGAGAAAUGCAUUUGAAGACACCCUCAGUCCAGAGCCUACGACGGCUGUUGCAGAGGCGGCAGCCACUUUCUCCUGGGUGACACAGGAGCCGCAGGUGUCUCCCCUCCAAGUGGGCAGAGGAGAUGGUGAGACCGAGGAAGGAAAAGAGGUCCCCUCUGCGGCGUCUGAUGUCCCCGGCGUUACCCAGCUGUCGAGAAGAUGGGAGCCUCUGGCCACUGCAGUUUCAACUACAGCUGCGCCUCUGUCUGUGGAAGUCACUCCUGCGGCGGAAGACCUAGUGGACACAGUCACGGGGCCAAAAGAGGAGUUGUUCACACCGGUUUUGGGCUCUCCAGUGACACCCCCCGGAAUCGUGGAGGAGGCCCCCAGCAUCUCCCCAGCACUUUCUGAUUCUGAGGCAUCCUCUGAGAGAAGAACCGGUGUUCCAUCCGUUAGCGAUGUUAAUACAGCUGCCCCAUACGGCCUGGACCAACUUGAAUCUGAAGAGGGAGAAGAGGAUGAAGAGGACGAGGAGGAGGAGGAUGAAGAAGACGAAGACGAGGAGGAGGAUGAAGAAGAGAAAGAUGCAGACGCCCUGGAUGAGAGUUUGGGUGGUGACACGGAGCUGCGUGGGUUCACACUCCCUGGCGUCACCUCUCGGGAGCCUGACUUAGAGCAGGAGAGCAGGGACCUUCUGGAGGGAGUCACCUACCAGGUGCCAGAUGCCCUCGAGUGGGAGCAGCAGAACCAGGGCCUGGUGAGAAGCUGGAUGGAAAAACUAAAAGACAAGGCUGGCUACAUGUCCGGGAUGCUGGUGCCUGUAGGGGUGGGGAUAGCGGGAGCCUUGUUCAUCCUGGGAGCGCUCUACAGCAUUAAGGUGAUGAACCGCAGAAGGCGAAAUGGCUUCAAAAGGCACAAAAGAAAGCAGAGAGAAUUCAACAGCAUGCAAGACCGAGUCAUGCUCUUAGCUGACAGCUCCGAAGAUGAGUUUUGA